CCAACCCUACCCGAGCCGCCCCCUCGUCUCUCUUAUCCCCUCCCUCCCUCUCUCUCUCUCUCUCUCUCUCAAGCACACAACAGCAACAACUCCGGCCAUGGGAGACCUUCGUCCGGCCGCACCGUGGACGGAGAAGAAGACGAAUCUUGGCUCGAUCUACCGCCUCACCGAUCCAAACUUCAUCGGUUUCCUCUGUACUGACUGACCCAUGGAAUUUUUGCAGAUCCAUUCUUUGCCCAAGGGGAUUACGCAUAACCCAGCGUGUCAAGAUCCACUCGGGCGCACGCGCGUCUUGGGCCACCUCUCCGUUAGUGGGCCGCUGGCAGCCGGCCCAGGCGUGCCGUCAGCCCAAUGGAGGGCCGCAUCCUGCCUGCGAAACACUCGGCCGCCUCCUCGCCCACCCAGUGCGCUGGGGUUUUAGACGCCCACCUGCCACCGCCUCCCCGUCCCCAUUUCGCACCCGUCGGCGAGCCCCUCCCCCUCCCCUCCGCCACCCCUCUCCUCCAACGCCGCCUGCGCCAGGCGAAGGAUGCCUCCAAUGGCGGGAGAAGGUAACCCUGGUGAGGGAGGAGGAGGUGAGGCGGGAGGAGGAGGAGGUCCGACGGGCCGUGCACCACCGACGCCACCACCGGCCGCUCCAACCUCGACCCAUGGACGAUCUGGGAAGGAGGGCCACGGCAUGGAAGCUGAUUGCCCUGUGCCCUGGUACACAAGGACGCUGGUGGCGCUUGGGAUCAAGUCCCAUGGCGACCCUUCUGGUCCAUUGAGGCAUGCUUUCACAUUGAGCCAACAUUCUUCUGGUGCAUUGAAGCAGGGAACUGUUGAUCCGUUGUUGGGGGUUGUUGUCACCUCUGAGGGGUACCUCUCAAGGUCUGAAUUUGAAAGGAUAAACAACUACCUUGAAUGUGUUCUUAAUGAAGUGAAAUCUGCAUUAGGUUCUUCUGCUGAGGAUGUCGAGGAUGAAUACGGGUGCCAAGAUACUGUCCCACCAGUUACUCAGGAGUCUUCCAGUGGCCCAGGCUUGAAGACCAUAUCGGCAAUUGUUCUAGGUGCUGCGUCUAGGAAUGCAUGUGAAAGUCCUCAAAUCAGUCAGGGUACCAGUGUGAGGGGGGAGAUAAUGCCAAACAAUGCGGAGCACGUGCAGGUUAUUCAACAAUCCACCCAGGAAAUCAAGGCUUUCAUUCAUGAUGCUGUUAGAAGAAAUCUGAUUGCCCCAGACUGUGCACGGGACCUGGUUUUCAAAAUAGAUGAGCUGGGCAAGUGUACUUCAAGGGCCGUCUCUCGAAAUGGAACCCGCAUUUUUACAUUGAAUGGAUUGAAGAAGAGACUGAAACUACCAGACUUUAGUUCUCUAUCAGACAAGAUUAUAGCUUUUGGUGGUUCAUUCCAUUCUGUUAUAACCAUUACUGGAGCUGCGUACCGUGUAUCUAAAUCUGAUGGCCCAGGAUAUUUUCAUGAUGUCGGGAAAGAGGCAUUAGAACUGAUCAGGGAUCCUUUUUACCUACAAAACCAUGUUUGGAAUUCUGGUCGUAAAUCUUCUCUGAUAUGUGGCAGUGAAUUUACAACUAGCCAAAAAUUGGUGAAGAAAUUGAUGUUGAGUUUCAAGAAUGAUGGCUCCUUCAUGUGUUUCAAAGCUUCUGUUAUCGAUCCCCUUGAAGAUGUUCCUGUAAAUGACCCAGAACAUGAUGUGGCUGUCAAUGACAUUCCUGAUAUGGAAGAUCCUAAUUCUGCACAGUUAUUGGUGGAGAAGAUUGUUGGUCCUGAUGUGAAUACAAUGUUAUAUCUGCCCUACUCUCUUAAAAAAGCAAAAGUUGAAUUCCAGCUACAUCAACCUUAUGAUGGGUCUGUUCUUAGCAUUGGUUUGAACAACGAAAGGAUGCCUUGCAUAUCUGUUUCGAGCUUAUGUGGCCUGCAGGAUAUCUGUUUGGGAGGUGUUGACAGCCUUGCUUUUGGGGGCCAAUUGAAAAUAAACGAGUCCAAGUCAUGGUUCAGUGUUUCUGCUGGGUUGUCAGUCCGUGCUGAAUUGUUCAGUGCUGGCCUAACUUUUAAACAACCUGUUCAGUUUGAUUAUACUUUCUGCAGCAAUAUUCUCAAUACAAGCACUGUAUUAGGUGGCCUGGCUAGCUAUAGCUAUCUGACCAAUCAAUGGAAAUUGAUUGGCGGAAUUGGUCACACUUUUGACCCCACAUUCAAUAUCAAAGGGCGUAUUGGUAAUGAUAAAACUGUCAAUGCUCUUAUCUCUAAGAAGUUCGCUGGCAAGGGCAGUCUUCAUUUUGCAUCGGAGGUUGAUUUAAAGGAUUUUUGGAGAUAUCCUCGGGUUGGUUUGUCAUUUUCGUUUCCUUAGGUUGGAGGAAGCUUCAUGCUGAAGCAGUUGGGGGUAGCGUUUCUGAAUUGCUGAUGGUAGGCAAUACAAGUCACUGAAGACAGAAGUGUUCAAUUGCUAAGGUUCUGUAUGGUGUAGAUGUCAGCAAACCCUAGACUAAUUUUGUACAGCUGUGGUAUUAGUGUUCACACUAAACACAGAUACUCUGAGCACUCAACCUGGGGGGAUUUCGACCCUGGGGUGUUUUGCAUGUGUAUAUUAGCUCAAGGACAGGUUUUCCUGUGAAGUAGCUCAAGGAUGGUCUCGAGGCUGCUUUUGCUCGUCGAAAUUUGCUCAUGGAUGGUCUGUUUGUGUUCUAUGUUUCCCCUUGCAAACAUCUAGCCUGGUGGUGCUAAAUUUGCAGUUAUGCUGAACGUGCUACAUGCUAAGCUUGUUUCGAAAAGAUUUUUAGUUGCUGUAAUGCUAAGCUUGUUUAAAAGCUGUGUCUUGCCA